AUGUCGCAAGCAGGAUACUAUAUCAAAACUGCCAAAUCAAUCUUCUCUUCUCUCGAAGAAGGGAAACCUCAUUCAUCAAUCACAGAUUGGGUAGAAGUGUUAUCUUCCGAUCGAUAUGACGAAUUGAGUUUGGAUGGUAUACCAGAAUUAGUUGAAAGUGUCAAUAUACAAAGCUAUCAAGGUACCACCGAAGCAGCAAGAGCGAUAAGGAAGAAACUCAAGUAUGGAAAUGUGCAUAGACAAUUACGAGCUUUGGUCAUCUUGAGAGCAUUGACCGAGAAUGCAGGAAAAGGAUUCCAAUUGGGUUGGGCAAAUCAACAGUUGAUGGAAAGACUUAGAGAGAUGGCCAAUGACUCACUUCUCGAUCCAAAGGUCAAGAAGAGAUUGAUUCUGGUCUUCCAUGCUUGGUCAAUUCACUAUAAAGACGAACCUAGAAUGCAAGAAGUCGCCAAGCUCUAUGCUAAAUACGGUGGAGCAGGACCGGGUGUCAAGAAGCCCACUCCUAUGCCAUCUGCACCAGCUAAACAAACCUCUGUAUCAUCAACAUCAUCCCAUACUUCAAAUGCUGGUAACCGAGGCGGAUUUGAUGAUGAUCUUUUCACUCACGAUUGGGCACCUUCCAAAGGAUCAAGAGGUCCAGACACUUAUACCGAUUUAGCAGCUGCGAAAGCCGAUGCAGAUGCUCGAAAACGUGAGAGGGAAUCAAGGAUUCUGAUCGAGCAGAGAGAAGCUGAAUUAGAAAGGAGAGAAAGAGAAUUGAAGAGGAAACAAGAUAUGGCGAGUUUAGAAGCUAGAAGACAGAAAGAAGCCUUGGAAGAAGCUGAACGUAGAAGACAAGCUAAAGAAGAUGCUAAAAAAAGAGGUAAUCAACCUAAAAGACCUCCAUUUGAUUUCCAAAAAGAAAAACCUCAAAUCAUGGUUUCAAUCGCAAAUGCCAUUCAAUGUGCGAAUAAUUUAGUCAAUUCUUGUAGAUUGAUCGAUCGCUCGGUCGAAAGCGUGCUCGAUUCUCCAAAGGUUCAGGAUAAUCUGGAUAAAGCUAAAGCAGCUAGAAGGAGUAUCAUUAGAUAUAUCCAACUUGUCACAGACGAAUCCUUCGUUGGAACUUUGCUUGAAGCGAACGAGAAGAUCGUAGAAUCCAUCCAAUUGUACGAUAGAUUAUCCAAACCUGCAGUACUCGAUUCCGAUUCCGAAGAAGAGAACGAGAACAAAGAGACAGAAGCAUUGGCUAAGAGACUUGCCGCUCAAAAAUUGGAAGCACAACGAACGGGUGAAAUUGAUCAACUUCGAGAUAAACAAAGAAAAGAAUCUGCCAGAAGACAAUUCAAGAGACAACAAUCUGCACAAAAGCAACAACUUCCUACUAGACAAAGUAGUGGUCAUCCUGAUCUAGCAGAUUUGGAUUUCGGUAGUAUCUCUUCUUCAAAAGAUAAAGGUAGAGGAUUACCUCAACCUAUGAGACCUGAUAGUGACGAUGAUUCCCUCGGACAAGGAACUCUCUCCGAUUUCUCUUCAUAUGAUUCUUCAGAUGAAGAAUGGCAAGCCUCUCAUAGAGUAAAAUCUCGUCGACAAUCUCAUGCCAAACCUGCUCCUCCCGCAGCGAAGUCUCACCGCGAACAGUACGCAUCGUUGGAGGACGAUUAUCCUCAAGGCCGAAAGAGUCUUUUGGAUCCGAAUGAUCCUUUCGGGGAUCCAUUCGCUGAUGAAGGCGACGAAACCCCCAUUCAGGAGAACAGGCGAAUGCAAUGGGCGGAAAUCUAA